UGUUGACCAUGAAAGCGAAAUAUUCGCCAUUCAACCCAAGAGGCAAUUUGAAUUGGAAAAGUAAUAAUAGUUCUCGCAAGCAAAGAAGCAGCGUAGGUGUUUCCUUCCCCGGGCACUUCUCGCUUUUGCCGCAAUACAUGACGAACUUCUUCUUCUCAAUUAGCAACAGCAAUGAGUACCACCAAGUGUAACAAGCUCUCUUCUACUUCACCUACGAUUCACCAGCGUAGGCUCACCCGCCAGAGGAAGCUUCGCUACACCAGUGACAAAGACGCUGCUCUGCAUUCAACUACCUCUCUACCCGCUUCUCCUCUUCCUUCCUUUAAGUCCGCUUCCAGUUCCGACCAUUGGUCUUCCUCUGCGGUUCCUCAACCGCUUCCGCGUCCCGAUUCCCCGUGGAUCCGCCGUCACGACCAUCAUCACCUCGGAUCUCCCCCUUUCGAACAUCCUGCUUUCUCUUUUCGCAGGUCGGUCGAUCAUGAUGCGGUGAGAAGUUUAAGGUCUGCGAGCAAUUUGGGGAGACCUUCUUUUGAUCCGGUGACUCCCAAUGCUAAAUAUGAUUUGAGAGUAAAUAUUCCGCCCGCCAGAGUGUUGGCAGGCAAUACUAGUUCGUGUAAAGAUCACAGAGAACUCUCUCAUGACCAUGACUCUGAAAAUGUUUCCAACUUGAGAUUGCAUUUUGCGGCCAAGAGUGCCCCCAACAGCAUAUUCUCCAGUCCUGUUACUAGUCCACGUAGGUCCAGCAAUGUAGAUUUUUAUGACAUUUUGAAAGUGUCACCGGCUAAAACUGCUCAGAGUCCAGACCGGUCUCCUCUGCGCAGCCCUGGGAGCCACCUCAAUCAAGAGGGGUCUCAGCUUCAUAAAUUUUCCUCCAGAGUGUGGCCUGAAAAUAAUCAUGUGGAUGCAAAUCCACAUCCACUGCCCCUUCCUCCUAAAGUUUCACCACAGACUGCACACUCAUCUCCGCAGCAUCAGCCAAGUAUCGUGCACCUCAACACAGAAAAUUUGCCUUCAAUGAAAGGUCAAUGGCAGAAAGGAAAACUUAUAGGGCGUGGAUCAUUUGGAUCUGUUUAUCAUGCAACCAACUUAGAGACUGGAGCCUCGUGUGCAUUGAAAGAGGUGGAUCUGUUCCCUGAUGAUCCUAAAUCUGCUGACUGCAUAAAGCAACUUGAGCAGGAAAUCAGAAUUCUCCGUCAAUUACACCACCCCAACAUUGUGCAGUAUUAUGGCAGUGAAAUAGUUGGUGAUCGAUUGUACAUAUAUAUGGAGUAUGUUCAUCCUGGAUCACUUCAUAAAUUUAUGCAUGAACAUUGUGGAGCUAUGACAGAGUCUGUGGUUCGCAAUUUCACACGACAUAUUCUCUCUGGAUUGGCAUACUUACAUGGUACCAAGACUAUUCACAGGGAUAUCAAAGGUGCAAACUUGUUGGUCGAUGCAUCAGGCAGUGUUAAGCUUGCAGAUUUUGGGGUGUCAAAAAUUCUGACAGAGAAAUCAUAUGAACUAUCAUUGAAGGGAAGUCCCUACUGGAUGGCUCCUGAGCUCAUGAAAGCUUCCAUAAAGAAAGAGUCCAGUCCUGACAUUGCCAUGGCCAUUGAUAUAUGGAGCUUAGGGUGCACUAUCAUUGAAAUGCUGACAGGAAAACCUCCUUGGAGCGAAUUUGAAGGGCCUCAAGCAAUGUUCAAGGUACUGCACAAAUCCCCAGAUCUACCUGAAAGUUUGUCUUCAGAGGGACAGGAUUUCCUUCAGCAGUGUUUCAGAAGGAAUCCAGCAGAACGACCAUCAGCAGCAGUGCUUCUUACACAUGCCUUUGUACAAAAUUUGCAUGAUCAAGAUGUUCAAGUUCAUUCCCAAGGGCAAAACUGUCCCAGAGGAGACCCUGGACCAGGAGAUGAUUCACGUAGACAUAGCCCCGGUAACAGUUCAAGAAAUAGCCGUGGUGUAGGGUCAGCAUCCAUUCGUGCAUGGUUUUUUAACAAAACUCAUAAUUUAAUAGGUGACACUUCGAAAAAAUAUGUUUCGGAGGAUUCUAAUCAUGUCACAUCUUCUCGUGAUUCUCCUUGCUCGAUGACAGAAAUGAACAAUCCUCAGUCUCCCAUGAAAUCUAGUGCCCUUAACUACAUGACUGUAACCAAUCCCAGCAACAUACCCCUCAGUGCUGUUAUGAAAAUCAUCAGGAACAUUUGAAGCUAAGAUUUCGAUUAAAACUUGGAAGGAUCGUGACAGAAGACUGGGGCAUAUAUUUUUCGGAAGUUCAGCAAUUAUCACAGCAGGGAUUUAGAAGCUAGACAGUCUUACACGUUAUUGAAAAAUAUAUCAACCCGAAGUGUUGAAAUAAAUGAUAAAUUCACAUUCAUUUGCAGUUAUUAUGUACAUAAUAACAAGGCUAGGUUAGUUGAACCUAUUACCACAUGACAGAUUCACAUGUAAAUUUAAUUGAUUAUAUGAUAUUUUAGUAUUUUUUUAUUUUACUAAGAGUAGUAUGCAAUUUACAUCCU